AAACAUUCAGAAAAUUAUACCCCCUGAAAAUAGCAGGAAUUUGAGCGAUUUUCUUUUAGAAGAUCUACAGAUGAUAGAAUUAAACCAGUUAAAUGAGUUUUGUUAGUCAGCAGUAUAAAUAUUAGUGUCUACAACUACAAGAUCAAGGAACAAUCCAAGAUUUCUCAGCAAAUGCACUGUUAUCGCUUCAUAAUAGAGUAUUACUGGUGACGCCAUAUCCAAUUUGGUUCACAAAAAUGAAAAGACCUGCUGACAUUACAUAUCUGUAAUGGAAACCCAACAUGAACAGUGUGAUGUCAGCAAUGUCGAUUUACCACCAACUUAUCAACAAGUUUUACAAAAUGAUAUCAAUGGACCACCAAAGAACGAUGAUGAUGUCAGUGGACCACUAUGCGGUGAUCCGAAGAGCGAGGACGAUUUUCCACUACCACCAACGUAUCAACAAGUUUUACAAACUUCCACAGAACCUCCGCCUUCGUAUGAAACUUUAUUUGGUAAAAUAAAACAAGCCAGAGAAGAGUCAAAUGGUAGAGUCGAUUUUGUAAGAAAAGUUCUAGAUAUUUUUACAAUCAGAAGGUGCAUAACAGUAUUACUGGCUGUUAUGAUAUUAAUACCAAUCUCUAUGGUUGUUAUUGGUGUGCAACAUUUGUCUGAUUGUCCUGUUCAGCGUUUUAUUCCGAUGUAUCUGAUCGUAGGAGGAAGUUUUGCGUUAUUUCGUAUUAUAACGCGUUUCUGUUUACCACGUGGUAAAAAACAUUCUGGAGACGAAGAAGAAGAAGAAGAAGCAUCAUGUGGAAAAGUCUGUUUAAGUCUACAUUUGAUUGAUUUCUUUCUGAUGGCCUGGUUUAUUGCUGGCAAUGUUUGGGUGUAUAAACUUCAUGGUAAAUUUAACUCGACUGAUGCAUCAAGCAGCUCAUAUUGUCAUCCAACUGUAUAUUAUUUUACCUACUGGUUGUUAACUUCUGUUUAUAUUUUGAUGGCACUCAUAUUUAUUUGUAUUUGUGGUGUUUUUUGUGUGGCUGCAUUUGCCCUUGGACCUUAAAACUCAGUUGUCUGACUCCUUAUGUAAGCCUACUCUGUACUAGAGGUACUUCCCAUUUGUAUUUGUGUUGGUUUUUGUGUAGCUGCAUUUACCCUUGGACCUUAAAUCUCAGUGUUACUUCCCAUUUGGAUUUGUCAUGCUUUUUACUUGGCUGCUUCUACACUUGGACCUGAAGUUGUCUGACUCCAGAUAUAGGCCCACUCUAUAGAGUUACUUCCCAUUAUACUUUAAAUGGUUUCCUACUGAAAUCUAUGUUCACCUAACCAUGGACCUUAUAAUACAUUAUUAUAAGGUCCAUGACCUAACUACAGAACCCACUAGACUACAAGAUGUAAGACUGAGUGGUAUUGAACACAAAAUGUAAUGGAUGGACCACUUUCACUUCAAAAUGUUGAGGAUGCUCGACUGAAUGUUCCGGAAUUGAAUUCUCUCAAUCAAACAGUGGGUGUUGGAUGGCCGAAUGGUUAGCAUGUGCGCUGUAUCAAAAAAAGGCCUGUCAGAGUCAACUGGCGUGGUUUCGAAUCCCCAGUUGUACGUGACAAGGACUAGGGUCGCCUGUCCAACCUCCAGGCUUUUCUCCGGAAAAUCUGAAUGAACUUUCUCGGCCAAUGCUGGGAUCGAACAUCCGACCUCCAAGCUAGCGAGCCAGUGUCUUACCCACUUAGCCACGUGAUUCCCCCCCCCCCACCUCAUAGUGCACUGUAUAACUUAGCCCAUCAUCAGUACAGAAAUGGAUGACGUUACACCCCAUUUCAUUUCAUAUCUGACAUUUCUUCAAACAUUUUCCCCGGUUGUACGUGACAAGGAGUAGGGUCGCCUGUCCAACCUCGUGGGUUUUCUCCGACUCCUGCGGUUUCCUCCCACUGCUAAAGAUCCCUACACGCAUGCAAAUUAUUGAAAUAAAAUUAAACCAUAUGUUAGUCUCGAAAUGACCUAGUUUGUGUCAAGUGGACUUAAACCCAUUUCUCUCUCUCUCUCUCUCCACCACAAGCAAAUUAUUGAAAUAAAAUUAAACCAUAUGUUAGUCCCGAAAUGACCUGGUUUGUGUCAAGUGGACGUUAAACCCAUUUCUCUCUCUCUAUCUUUCUUUCUCAAUCCAACAAAUUGUGACUAUCGAGUGAAACGGGGGAUUUGGGACUAGAGCGCCUGCACCAACAGUAUGAGAAAAUAUCUCAACCAACCAUGCAGCCGAAACAUAUUCGUUGUGUUUAAUUAUGUCACGAUUCUACUCACACCACAUCAGUUGUCGUUACUGACAGAACUAUGACAGGACUGAAUUCUGUGUCACUCGAUUGUAAUUCUGUCAGUUCGGAACGUUCCUGUCUGACAAUCAAGAAUCUAUGGUGGCUGUUAGCGGCCAUUCAAAUGUCAUCUAAAUCGUCGCCUUAUGAAGAAGGCGACAAGUCGACGAAAUCAACCCACCAACGUGACAAAAUAACCUGACGAUCAUCGCCUUCAUUUCGUCGACUUGUCGGGUCAAUUCUGUCGACUUGCCGCGUCAACUUAUUCACAACCCGACAUGUCGACAAAAUACAAUUAUUUGGACUUGUCGUGCGGCGACUUGUCGCCUCGGAAGUUAAUCUGUGCGCAUGCAAGUUAUCCAAUCAGCAAAUGCGCAAGCUCGAGUUUGACUUCCGAGGCGACAAGUCGCCGCACGACAAGUCGAAAUAAUUGUAUUUUGUCGACUUGUCGGGUUGUGAAUAAGUCGAAGGCGACAAGUCGACAGAAUUUGAAUUGCCGCUAACAGCCACCAUAAGAAUCCCCUAUGUAAACGAUCAGGCGAUAAUUUUUUAGGUAUUUUGUUUAUCUUGGAUUUACAAGAUAUUGCAAGGCAGCAAAUUUUAGCUUUUAGCCUAUACAAGGCAGCAUUCUUAAAAUAUUUUAGUUUAAGAUUUCAUGAAUAAUUGCCUUGAACCACAGUGCUAGACUAGAUAUGAUAUACCUGUUACACCCUUAAAACUCUAGUGCUAGACUAGAUAUGAUAUAAUUUUUAUACUCUUGAACCCUAGUACUAGACUGGAGGUGAUAUAAUUGUUAUACCCUUGAACCCAAGUACUAGACUGGAUGUGAUAUAAUUGUUAUACCCUUGAACCCAAGUACUAGACUGGAUGUGAUAUAAUUGUUAUUCUCUUGAUAAAGGUGGACUGAUCUGUGAUAUUUAUUAUUACAUAUAGAUAUAUAUAUUUAUAAUCCUGUGAUAAUUAACACUUUUUUUUUAUUGUGAAAGAUAUUUUUCUAUUAACUUAAUAAACUGUUUGUAACCAUGGC